GUAGUGGUCCAGAACAUGAGGCAUUUAAAGAUGAAGAAGCAGCCUUUUCUUCUGAUUUGGAAGGGUUGGAAGAAUUGUUUGAGGAGAGUGAUGAUGGUGGUGACCUUGUGCUUGGGGCUGAUAAUGGCAAGAAGAGGAGUUUUGCCGAGACAGCACGGAUGUUCAAGCUGAGACGAAACCUGGACCAGCUGGACUGCUUUCACCGACAGAAGGAGCGUGACGCGCAGAAAGCCAGGGAAAAGCUGAAACUCUGUCAUCAGACUAUUGAAAGUUUGCUGGAGCAGAGGGACAACGUGGAAAAAGAAAUAGAUCAACAGAAAUCAAAGGACAGCAGUGUGGCCCUGUUUCGACUGCGAGUUCAGCAUAAACAGCUGUGUCAACAGCUUCAACACGAGGAAGAGUUGGAAGGCGAAAUCCACAAUGAACUAAGACAACAAGAACUGGAACUAAAUGAAGUGGAAGUGGAGCUUGGCAUGGUUUCUUCGCUUCGACAGGUGUUGCUGGAGGAGGAGCAGAAAUUCCAGGACCUUAAAGCCCAGAAGGCAGCGACAAGGUUGCAGCAAGAGAGAAAAGUUGGCCAGAACCUGCAACGCAAGACGAAGCUUCUCAGGGAUAAACAGGAAGCCAUGCUAGAGAAGGAGAAAACUGAAUGUCAGAGGAAAUUUGAGGAGAGUCGACGAAGCCAGAAGACAGCUGCCAAGUACUUGAAACAAACAAUUAAAAGAAUGCACCAGCAAGCAGCUGAGAAGGAGCAACAGAGCAGGGAGUUAAUAGAAAAGAGGAUGCAAGCUGUUAAGUCACUGAAAUCUAAUAUAGCAGCCAACCAAGAGAGUCUACGGGUUCAACAAAACAGAGCCAGAGCAGACGCCCAGAUGAAAGAAGAACAAGAAAGACAACUGAGAGAAUCCCUGCAGACCCAAGGCAUCAACAGUUUCCAGCAUAUGUACCGGCUAAAGCAACUAGAGGAGACAAAACGAAAACAAGAGGAAUUUGAGGAGAGCCAGAAGUCAAAGAGGGUGGCGAUAGUUGAAAAAAUUCUUCAAGAGGAACAGUUGAUGAGCAGAAAAAAAAAACAAAUGUCUCCCCUCAAACCCCCAACUACUAACAAGUUUUCAUCUUUGAGGAAAAUAGAGAGGCUCUUGCACUACCUUCAUCCUUCCUCCCCAUCAGUCGCGGAGGAGACAGCGACGACUCAUUUCAGAAAUUUCAGGGAUGUUCGGAGCGCUUCGUCAUUUUCCUCCGAUGCUGAGGACCUGGAGGAAACGAGUGAAACCUUUCAGGAAGACGUUGCCGACCGGAGCCUUGCUGACAGCCUUGUUGAGCCUGAAUUCACCGGGCUAUGGGACCAAGACUACAAGAAGCUCUUCACUGAGAAGGUUACACCUUUGCAAACAGAAGUACAGGAAGACGAACCUGACACAAUCAGCAAAAAAUUACAUGUGACCUCUAAAAAAGUUCAUGAAAAGAAGUUGAAAGGACCUCCAUUUGUCAGUAAACCAGACGUCGUCUUUUUUAAGGAUUUCGACGUUGGAAAACUCUAUAAGAAGAAAAUUGUUCUGACAAACAACUGCUACAUUGUUAACCACUGCAAGUUCCUCAGAGUCUCCGCUCAGCUUAAGGAUUUCAUCUCUGUCAAAUUUGAUCCUCCGGGUCGGUUAUCUUUUGGGAUGUCCUGUGAUGUUCAGGCUGUUUUCCAACCAGUGAACAACGAGGACUUAGAAGGAGAUCUACAGUUUUCAUCAACAAUGGGCCCUUUUUCCGUACCCAUCAGAUGUACCACAAAGAAAUGUUGUCCAGAAGUUGACAGCCAGUUCGUUGACUUUGGUUCACAUGUCGUUGGCCAGACCAUUUCACGGACUAUCAACUUGAGCAACAAGGGAGCCCUGGCCACCCUCUUCAGCCUGGACACGUCCACACAACUCAGUCCAGAAACUAGCAAUGUCCAGAUGUCAUCCCAGGCUGCUGCCAACUCAUGCUUGGAAUCAUCCAGUGAAAACACCAAGUCCAUCUGUCAGAAAAACUCUGCUUCCAUAGAUGCUGAAAAAGUCCAACUAAAUCAGCAGAAUCCAGAGUUCUCCAGAGAAUCACAGCAACCUGGGACAAGUCCAGAAGCUGGCCUUGAGACUUGUCUGUCCUCAGAUGUGGACACUCAGAGGAACCAGACUCCCUCAGACUCUAGUGACAUAAGACUAGGACAAGUAAGAAGUGGAGAGAUCGGACCAUUUCAGUGCAUCAAACUAGAUGUUAUAUUUACUCCAACCUUUCCAGGAGAGACAAAACUGGACUUUUUCAUCAAAUUCUCUGAUAAAAACAUCAAACCAAUACCUGUCCUGGUGAGAGGUGUGGCAGUCAGCAUCCCAGUAUGGGUGGUUCAGCCCAACGUUGACCUGAAAAUAUGCAUGUUUGACCGCCUUUAUCAGGACAGUAUCGUAGUCCAAAGCAGAGCGAGCACCGCUUUGAAACUGACCUUCGAUGUACGCCCAGAAAUGAGGAAACACAUGGAGAUUCUACCAAAGACCGGCUUCAUCCAGGCUCAGUCAAGCUUUAAUGCUCAUCUGAAAUUCACGCCGAGGCGUUCCUUAUCCAAAGAUGCGGAGAAUUAUUUUGACAAAGACACAGGAGUCCUUGAGGUUCCAAUGACGGUGCAAGUUGCAGGCCAGAUUCAGCCCGCCUGUUUUACUGUCCAGGCAAUUCUUACGUCAUCAGAUCUGCAGUUUGACCAGACUGAGGUGGACUUUGGCUUCUGUUCCAUCCAGCAGUCAGUCAGGAGCAGCGUUCUCCUCACCAACCUGUCCCUCCUGCCACAAGACUUUGGCUUUUUGGCUGUUCCAGAGUUCAUAGAGAUUCAGCCUAAUGAUGGUUUUGGCACUCUGCUUCCACAAGAAACCCUAAAGAUUGAUCUGAUUUUUAGUCCCAAAAAAGCCAAAGAGUACCAUUUUCAACUCAGCUGCAAAUCUGGAAUUAACAGAGAGUUUCUGCUGUCCUGCCGAGCAGUGGGUGUUCACCCACCACUGGAGCUCUCUCAUUCUCUGGUUCGGUUCAGAGCAACUGCGGUUGGUGACAAAUCCACUGCCACACUUCACCUGACCAACCGCCACACCGACAACAAGCUCAGACAAACGAUAACUCCAGAGGCCGAAGACACCGUCUCUGUUGGGGGUCCCAGGUUGUUCUGCUUCACCCCACCUGAAGAUUCAGACAUCAGCAUCUCGCCCUCUGCAGGACGCCUUCUCCCCGGAGAGAGAUGUCCUGUGCACGUGAUCUUCAGACCGAGGCUUUCGGAUCGUGAGAUUAAAGAAGAGGCUCUAGGUCGCCUACAACGGGCCCUGUUGCUCCGUGAGACAGAGAGAAACAGGUCCACAGAACCAGAGGAGAGAGCUGUAGAAUCCAGUAAAGGAAAAAAGGCAUCAGCGAAUUCAAAGAACAGCAAGGUGUCGGAAAACCCUAAGACCAGCAAAUUAACCAAACCACCUGAUCCAGUCGACAUACAGCCUGGGUCAGCGCAGUAUGAGGAGGCCAAGGCCUCUCUGCUCUACUCUUUCACCCAACGCUACAGAGAGUUCACCGUCCCCUGUUUUGUGUCAGACAGAGUCCACCCAGAGACAAAUGGACAUGUCGCGCCAGACUGGAGCUCCACAAACACCCUCUACCUGAAACUGCAGUGUCCUGCUGUACAGCCCCCGCUGGUGGUUUUAUCCAACAAUGGUCGUAACGUCGUAGACUUCCAUCACGUUCUUGCAGGAGAGAGAGUAAUUAAAAAGUUGACAGUUCAGAACAUUUCAAAGGAGUCCUUGGAUUUGAUGUCCUCAGUGUUGGACCUAGAUGGUCCUUUUUGUCUUCUCAAUGCUCUGAGACGCAUACACCCUGGGGAAAAACACACUUUGGUUUUUGCUUUCAGUCCAACUCUGGAGAAGAAGUGCUGUGAAAUACUAGAGUUGCGAAGCCUUAAAAUGGUUUUGGAAAUACGUCUGCGUGGAGAGGGUGUCCUCCCUGCUGUCACCUCAUCUCACACUGGAGGCCUGCUUGACUUUGGCUAUGUGUUGGAGGAAGAGACCGCUUCACACUGUGUGCAGUUGCAGAACAACUCGGUGGUGGCAGUGGGUUUCAGGGUGCUGCUGGCCAGCCUGUCUCAGUCCAGGCAUCAGGACAGGACUGACAGAGUAGCCCUGCUGCUGGACGGAUACAGAAACUCUCAGGUCCGGCCUGUUGUAGGAACCCAGAACUACUCUGGCCUGAGUGUGUUUAGUGUGACGCCAGUAGAGGGCAGCAUUGCUCCUGGACAGAGCUUAGACGUCACCAUCACGUUUCAACCUGACCACUCUUCAGUUAACUACUCUGACAGGCUCACCAUAGAGCUCAUAAAUAAGAUUAAAGUGUGUGUGCUGGAUCUGAAGGGUGCAGCCUCUUCACAUAACAUGUAUCUGCAUGGAGGAGACCUGUUAUCAGUACCAGUUGAAUCUCUUCUCCCUUCACUCAUCAGCAGCCAGCCUCACCUCACAGAGUCACAGGUGGCGGAGAGGCCAAACAUCCCGGUGCUGGUGACCCUGCAGGCCAGCUGCACCGCAGGUGUCAUCACACCUGCAGCCAGGGAACUGCACGUUGGCUGCAUCCGCUCCCCAAACACCAACAAGAAGGGUGGAGAGUUUUACUGGGAUAACGUGGCGCCACUGCAGCAGCAGGGCUUCAGUGUGGAGCCCCUUAAAGGCAGCGUGGAGGCAGGUCACAAACGUACGCUCACCAUCACGUGGACUCCCCAAAGCGGAUACAAGCCUUCAGAGGUGGUGCAGAUGUGCGUGUCUCUCACUGUAAAGGGGGAUGAGACCCAGAUUUACAGAGUCACCUUGAUGGCUUUGGUGUCAUCAUCUACUGAAUGAUCCAUACAGCCUGUGGAUGCUGACCAGUGGUAGGCCUGCAAACCGAGGUUUAAAUCUUACACUUCAUUUACUGUACUUAUUGGUAAUGUUUUAGUGACGACCCUGAGAUUUAAAUAAGUCUUUGUGUUAAUUCUCAUUUUGUGUUCUGUAGUUUUACUCAAGAACAGAUGCUCAAAUGUAACAACAGUAUAGUAUUGUAAUUGCAGCUAGAUUGCACUGUUUAAACAUUAAAACAUUUCGCAAAUA